AUCUCUUGGACAAGGGGUAACAAAAUACAAGUGUUGUCUGGCUGACGUUUUUUUUUAUCCCCUGUCCUUCUUUAAAUUACUUGAAGGAAAUCUUAGAUUUGCUUACCACCACAAACUGACGAGGACGUAAGGAUGUCGUGCCAUCUACCGAAAGAUAUGCUUGCUCUUUCUGUGUUUCUGAUUUUGUUUUCACAGGACAUUUUCGGACUGGAAUCAAAGGCAUUCCCAUUUGAUAUAAAUCCGGGUCCGGUACUUGAACCAGAGCUCAGAAACUACACACGUGGGAAACGCGAAAUAUGCGAGGCAACCAGAGGACUGUUUCCAAUGGCGGAUAAAAUCCGUUUACGUGCGGCUCACAACAACUACCGACGUCAAAUGAAAAUACCAGGGACCAACGUCAGGCGUUUGGACUGGAAUAUUCACCUGGCACAGCGAGCUCAGGCAUGGGCCGAUAAAUGUAUAUACGAGCACGAUUACCUGUUUGAAUGUAGCGGUGAACGCAUGGGACAAAACCUGUUUGUAAGUUGGGGAGACACAGUGUCCCCGAGUUAAAUGUUCGAGGCGUUGUGAAGGCUUGGCAUGAUGAGAUUAACUUCUACGACUGACCACCAACACUUGUUCGGCUGUUUGCGGUCAUUACAAACAGGUGGUAUGGGCUAAAUCUCAGUACUUCGGCUGCGGCGUAGCGUACUGUCCAACGCUGACCCAUCCAGGUGUUGAGGAUAAGAAAUACGCUGUAUAUGUUGUAUGUAACUACUCUCCACCCGGCAACUACAACGACAACCGUCCUUACAAUGCGGGUACCUCGUGCUCGGAGUGCCCAGCCGAUACAAAGUGCAAGAACAAUCUCUGCAUUCCAGCGUAGGCUUGGGAAGAAUCACGUUGAGCAAGUACAUUGCAUCAGAAGAGAAUCGAAGGUUUAUUGAGGCAAGAAGCUCGUUGGUAAUGCCAUUAUUACACCAGAAAAGGUCUCAGAGACUCUUAAGUCACAAUGGAACUUACAAAUACGUAAACAAUAGACAACAAACCACAAGUGCAAAUCCUCGACCUUAUGUUUAUAAAAAAAUCUGGUGGAAAUGAUACAUUUUUGUUGUAUUUUAUUUCAUAUUG